AUGGUGCUGGCAGCCGCAAUUACCAUGAAUAACCUCACCUAUUCGGCCACCGAUGGGGUGUGGCAGGGCGAGCUGCUGGACAGCCCCCUCUGCCACAAGUGUUUGGAGCUCCAUGAUCAUGCAUGUUCUCCUCUCUCUAAACCCCUUCCGGCCGACGCUAUGUCCCUCCCCCCUCGAUCCAUCAAAUAUGGUAUCACGGGGGCCCUCUCCCUCCACGAUUACCGCAAAUUCCUCUCCAAGUCUGCAGACCGCAUCGAUGAUCCCGUCGAUCAUGCAGACAGGAAAUUGAAACGAAAGACAGCGGCCUUACAUUUGAACUGCCCACCCGCCCUCGAGGUCUCUUAUCCUGCCUCUGUCUCUUCGGUCUCAACCCCGCCGCUGUCUCCCUCGUAUUCCCACAGCAUCAUCUCCCAGCGGAGUGAAGAGCCUGAGAUCGGAGAAGCCCAGCCUGUUCAUUAUCAGUCUCCCAGCCCACGAAUCACUCUUGUCUCGGACAACGGGAUUCGAGCCAGGCCAAACAGGAAGCGAUUGAACACCUUCCGGGAGAAGUUUCAACAGAAAAAGGCUCAAGCUGAAGCCGACGCUCGCAAGGCCGAGUCGAACUCAAUGCUGGCCAGCACACAGGCCGUUGCCACCGUCUCACACGGUGGCGCUUGCUUUGAAAUCUUGAAUCCGCGCAAGUCGCUGGAUCUCGCUCGCAUCGUGUCAUACAUUGAAGAUGUUGACAGUUGCUCCAUACUUUCCGACCAAGAGUCGGGUUUCCCCAUCGACCAAGGACUGGACCAGGUGUCUAUAUCCCACUACACAGAUGCCUCACUGUCAUCAUUCUACUCCACAAACUCUCUUUACACAUCGCUAGACCCAUCAACUCCCAAGGAACAGGAUCCCCCCUUGUCGCCUGCUGGGGUCCAUGGUCGCGUCCGCUCUUUAUCAGACUACUCUCUCAACGAAGGCUACAAUUACUGGAGCCGCCCUGUACAAAACGACAGUGAACACGACCGCUACGAUGACCUACCGACACCCAUGACCUCUAUCAGAGAAGAGUCCAACCCACCUGCCCUGUCCCACACCAACACUCACUCUCGUCGCCCAUCUACGCCCUCCACCCAGGACUUCUACUCCGAAAGUGAAAUCGGCGAACCCGGGUCCCCGGUCUACGCCAAUGGCGAAUGGGCCCAGGUAGACGAGCGCGAUAGGGGCAUCUUCUACGAACUCGACGAGUUCGACCAACCCCAAUACCAACAAGAUCAAGACCGAGAGUCUGAACCCUCACCUCAUGAAUCUCUCGACACGCCUCUCCACUCCCCCACCUCACCGAUCUUGCCUUUCGACUUGAAAUACGACCCCUACGACCCAAUCUACUUCGACCCGCACGUGCAAUCUGUACUAGCCGCUGCGAAUGCAGAGAACAUGGGUCUGAGAGGAAACCGGCAGCUGGACGGUACCCGCGAGUUCCACAGACGGAAGAGCGAUGAACGUAAGCCGGGUCGGAAAGGACUGAAAAAGCUCUUCAGUUGGAGAUCUGGGUCGAACUAA